AUGGCUGACCAGGCACCCCGCGGAGAACCUUUGGGGACUCAGCGCUCCGGCAGGCGACAGUUGCUGGGCGCAGAGGGUGUCCGUGAUGGCGCUGAGGGCCCACCUGCGGCCGCGCGCCCAGGUGAAGGGGAGGCGGGUGACCGCUCGCGGUCGCCGCCGGCGGCCGAUCCAUUUGGCAGGCUGGCCCCUGCCUCCGCUUUGAUGCCGAGCGGGCCCCAAGCGGGAGCCGCGCGCGCGGGCGACGACAACAACCUCAGCGACCUCAUCGAGAAGGAGCUUAAGGAUUACAUGAAUUCCGACCUGAAGACCUCCAUCAAGAAGGCCAGCACGACCCUGGCCGCCAAAAUCGAGAGCCUCCAGAAGACCAACGCCCGCAAGACCAAGCUCGAGGCCGAGCUGCAGUCCCUGCGGGGCGGCACGAUCCCAGCCGGCGUGAAGCCGGCAAACUUCGGGUUCGAGACCGACCUCCUGGACACCGUCACGCUCCAGGACACGAGCUACGACAUCCGCUUCGACAGCGGGUGCACCAUCCGCGACGCCAAGCGCAAGCUUCACAUCUUCUACCUGGAGAAGUGCAGGGAGCUGGACCUGCGCGUCGUGGAGGAGCAGCGGACGCGCCUCCGGCAAUACACAAGGAAAGACAACUUCAUCGACCGCCUGCUGGCCGAGAGAACCUCCAUUGACAGCGGAUGGAACACCCUGGACUUGGACUUGGAGGUCGGCGACGGCCCGCACGGCGUCUCAGAGAGCUCCCUGCGCGCGAAGGGCGAGGCCAUCUACACGAAGCUCAAGAAACCGGCCGACCACCUGAGCACUGCCAUCGACUUGAAGCUGAGAGAGGCCUUGAGAAAGCGAACGGACGGAUCUUCGAGCGCUUCAGGCGCCAAUGCCCACCUGGAGGCGUCCAUCCGGCAGCUCCAGAAAGGUGACAACAUUCAGCCCAGCGACUUGGCAGACGUCAUUGCAAAAAACUCCUUGGCCCCCGCCUCGAGCGGGGGCGUGGGGGCUGGCAAAAGCAAAGCCAAAGGCAAAAACAAGACAGGCGGAAAGGGCAAGGCCGGCGGCAAAGGCAAAGACAAGCCGCCCUCGACUCCCUCGCAGCCGCCUGGCAAGGGCUCGAGCAAAGGCAAAGACAAGUGGAAAGCCUCGAGCAAAGGCAAAGCCAAAGGCAAAUCCAAAGGCAAGACAGGCAGAGGGCGUGGCAGCUCGAGAGGCGGCGGCAAAGACCUGGUGGCAAUGAAGUUCCUCACCCUGUGCAGCGCGAUGUCGCCCGCUGACCUUGCCGUCCUGUUCGACACAGGGCGCGGCAAGCCUGGGUGGUACAUGGCGGACUUGACCCAGAGGGUCGCCUGCACGCCCCCCGCUGGAGCCAUUGCCUGGCCCUUGGAGUUCCUGUUGAGGCAUCGGGUUUCAUCCCUCGGCCGCCCCACCAAUUUGAACGGGGUUGCUGAGCUGGCGCUGGAUUUGCUCCGUAAUUCACCAGUCGGCGCUUGCAUCACUGACAAGGACGGUGGUUUUGCCGUGCUACCGAAGGCCGCCAUCCACGAAGAGAAACUCAGAGUUCUGGCUUCUGAUUUUUACUCCCGCGUAGCAUGGCACGAGGCAUUUGCGGUGGAGGCGAUGACUGAAUAUUGUGAGGCCGCCCAGAGCUUCGACGACGAAGACCUGGUGAAGGUUCUCCAACGGUUGCCGCACUUGCUAACUAAUACAGAGCAGCUGCAACGUCAGCUGUCGGCCCUUACGUUGCCUCGGGGUUGCGUGUUCUGCAAACUUGACAUCAAAGACUUUUACAUGUCAGGCGAGCAUGGCCUUCUCAUUAACGAGUGCGCGAGGCACAUCGCUGAGGGCCGAGAGCAUUUCCGAGCCAUGUUGUCCAGCAUUGUCCGUAACCAAUAUGUAUGUCUGUCUGACGACUUUGACGCACACCCGUUCGUGUACAGGGUCCUUCGGGGCACCGGUAUGGGCUUGUGCUGCAGUGGCGAAGUCUCGGAUCUCGUGUUCUACAGUACGGUCGAGGAGCCGUUUGUGCUCCGUUCAGACAUCAGGCGCGAGUACGGCAUUGUUUUCUAUGGCCGAUUUCGCGACGACAUUCUGUGCAUCAGCUCCAGACCAGACUUGCUUCACGAGAUGUUGCAACGCAUGCAGGCCCUGAGCCGUUGCUUCGAUCUGACGAUCGAUUGCAUCGACCCUGUUCGCACGAUCAUGUUGGAUCUCAGUCUUAGUUUUUGUGACAGAGGUGACAAUGUUGCCGUGGAGCACGCCCUGCGCUCCGCGCGUCGCGUCCUCCUUGUGCUGGAGCCGGGCAGGACGUCCAGCGCCACGACGCCCACCACCACCCUGUCCGCGCCGCCUGCCGGCGCCGCCGCCGCCUCGAGCGCCGAGGGCGGCCUGCCCCUCGCCGCCGCCUUCGGCCUGGCCGCGGCCGGCCUGCUCGCCGCGGGGUUUGCCGGGCUCUUUCUCCUGAGGUUUGGUCGCGGCCACCGGCUCAGGACACCCGAGGCACGCUCCAAGAGCGGCGGCGGCGGCAUGCCGGACCCCGACGCCCCCUUCGUCGUGUGA